AAAAUACAUAAACCCUAAUUCUUCUUUUUUCCAAUUGGGUAUUGGGGAGCAGUAGCAGCAAGAGCUCAACUCAAAUAAUAUAAUGAAAAUGAUGGGGAUGAAAGGGAAGAAGUUUUCGAUAUGGAAGACGACGAAAGAGAGGACGAGGUUGAAGUUUUUAGGACUUGGAGGGAUAAAAUGGAAGAGAUUGAGUUUCAAGAAGAUGUCGUUUUUGGAAAAUUUGAGAUAUAGAAUCAUGUCUAUCAUUGAAGCUAUGUUUUUGGUAUCUAAGCUUGCUUUCUUUUUUCUCUGUUGCGGUUGUAGAUUCUAAACAAAAAAGUUUAGUUUUUUGAUUCUUUUAA